UCCUUUUCAACCCAGGCCAUUCUGUGAUUCUAUGAUUUUGACCUUCGAAACCAGAAGAAACACCUUUUCCCUCUUCUUCUGUGUUGUCUUUCGUUGCUUUACCAGUUGUAGCUUUCUGACAUUAAUGACCUAAAUGAGUAAUGAGCAAUAAAAGAAGCUGAAAUGUAUUGAUAAUUCAUAAUUCAAGGAUGGCAAUAUUGGAUUUUCUACAUUAUCUGAGGUGCUGCCAGCAGUGGGGUUUAUUGAAGGGUAAACAUGCAGCCUUAUCAAUGGAAUUCUUACUGCAGCAUUGAUAUUCUUGCUCUGUAUUGCUAAGGCAGUUAAGGGCUGUUGCUAUAGACCUUCCUAACAUAGGUUCUUCUUAAGAAUUCAUGCUUAAAAAAUAAAAGCAACCAAUGAGAGCCUCAUCUCUGGUGCUCGGAUCAGGCAGUGCAGCAGUCCCAGGCUGAGCACCGCAUGGCAUUGCAGGGAUGCUUCCUCCCCAUCAUUCAAAAAAGGUGGUUUUCUGCUUUUUGUCUUCAUCUUUUUGGUUUUGUUUUCGAAGGGAAGAUGGUGAGAUGUCUCAAAGGAACGCUGAAACGGAGCACGGCAGCCCUCUGAAAUAGCUGGCACUUAAUCACCUUCCAGCUAUUUCUAGUAUUUCAGUGCUGGGCUGUUUGUUUGGUUGUUUUAUUGGGCGUGUUUUUGUUAAGUUCCCUGGUAAACGAACCAAUAUAAACAUUCCUUUUAACCAGGACUGGCAGAAGAGCUGAAGGCGAAGGCUCAGCUCCUGCCUCCCAUGUUGACUUUGGCUUCUGCUCUAUGGGGUUUUUUCAGCAGCUCAUCUUGGCAGAUGGCUGCUGGUUCAAAUAGAAGGGUAAAUAAGUCACACCCAGGAUCUCAGUCCCAACAGUGAAUGGGUUACGUGUGUUUUGCUUUCCAGAUGGUUUUAAUAAAUCUUAUAAACCUUUUUUUUUUUUUUUUGGUGUGCAUUUUGUGGGGACCAACUUGUUUCCGUGGCAUUGCAUUAAGCAGAUGAGAAAUGGGGUGCGUUGCUCAUUGGGCUGCAGGUGUAGGGCUGUGGCUAAUGGUGUGGUGGUGAUGGUCAGCAGUUGGACUUGGUCAUCUCAGUGGUCUUUUCCAACCUUAAUGACUCGAUAUUGAGCUGUCUGCGCUUCCAAAAGCAGUGUUCAUGCCUCCCCUCUGCCCCAAUCCCACCUGCAUGAUGAUGGAAAAGGUCCCAUGGGAUUUCUCAAGGGCAGAAGGACAUCAUUGGACUGCAUUUUGCUGCUGGUGAAUGUGUUCUUGCUGCUGUUUGAUGCUGUGAUUGGUGCUGGGAUCUGGAUGAGCACCUGGCUUAUGCACCACGCUCAGCCUACGGUUGCUUCAGAGAUGCACCAGAAAUGUGUUGUGGUUUUGCUUUCUUGCAUUCCGCUACUAAUUGCAUUCCUGCGUGAUCGUCUUAAUGAAUAGCUGCAAUCUGUCUGCUCUGUUGCAUCUGUGUGUCUUUGGAAAACCCUUUUUUUUGGGGGGAGUCAAUAGGGAUUUCUGUAUAGGGGAGCUGGAGACAGCUGGGACAUCUUCUUUAAAUGAAGGUUUGUAUUUAACUUCUUUUGCACACAUUUGCAACUGUCCAUAAUAGUAGGUAGAACCUUAUUCAUGUUCCAGAGGAGGAGGACGUGAGUUUUGAGGCCAGCUUUGUGAUGAAGGCGUAUGGAAAACCAUCAUCUCCUUGUUCCUGCCCUGCUCGGAGCUGUGCUGAUGAAUGGGUGUUGCUACAGCUGACAAAGAACUGAUAGAAAAACGAUGAUUCACGUAAUUCGUGCUCUGCAGGCUCUGUCAAAUACUCAUUUUGCAUCUUUACAAGAGGUGCUGUGGAUCAAAAUGCCAGUUCCUCUGCGUGGCAGCCCUUCACGUACACUGCUGAAUAUUUAUGGCUCUGAUGGAAUUUCUUCCCUGUCCUAUGAUUGCCUUGGGGACGCCUGCUUGUGCUGCCUUUGCUUUCAUUGAGCAUUCCUGGGGUAAACUUACGAAUGUGAACAAGGACUGAGCGACAGGGAGAAAGGAGUAAAAUUCUUUGCAUAACCUUCUUCGGUGGUUUUACAUCAGGUUUAUAUCUUCUGCUUAUUUGCCACGCUAAAGGUGGGUUAGAAACAGUGCUCCCAUUUAAUUUCUGGUGUAAACAGAUAAGAUGGAUUUACCAUAAGGUGUCGUGCCAUUUUAAGGGUGCAAUGGGCCCCAUAAUGGCUCCUGUACCCAGGGAUCAGGAGGUGGCCAGCUGGGAAACGGCUCCGUCCACAGCCACCUCGGGUCACCACGUGGGCCUUUUUUGAUCUCACUGAACUCAUCUGCCACGAUGCUCAUUAUUCACCUCUCCCGAAAUGCUCAUGGUUAAUUAAUGGCUCCCCAGAGCUCCCCAAAGCACGCGUGGGGCUGGCUGGGAGGCGGGCUGGCGCUGCCACUGGGCUGUGCUUGACUCACGGUGUUGAGCUGUCCGUCUGUCCCUCCUUCCGUCCGUCCAUCCUGCUCUUCGCAGGCUGUGGCUCCCUCGGAUGCUCACCAUGGUUCUGUCCCCCAGGCCACGGGGCUGCUGGCCCAAUGUGUCCCCUGGCACCGCACCGCUCCGACGCACAGAGAUCCGUGCCCAGUUGGUAGAGCAGCUGAAAUGCCUUGACCAGCAGUGUGAGCUCCGGGUCCAAUUACUGCAGGACUUGCAGGAUUUCUUCCGCAAGAAGGCAGAGAUUGAGAUGGAUUACUCGAGGAAUUUGGAGAAGUUGGCUGAGAGAUUCCUGGCUAAAACUAGGAGCACCAAAGACCAGCAAUUCAAGAAGGAUCAGAACGUGCUCUCACCAGUCAAUUGCUGGAACCUCCUCUUAAAUCAAGUGAAGCGAGAGAGCAGGGAUCACACCACCCUAAGUGAUAUCUAUCUCAACAACAUCAUCCCACGUUUUGUCCAGGUCAGCGAAGAUUCUGGGCGCCUGUUCAAGAAGAGUAAGGAAGUGGGAUUGCAGCUCCAGGAAGACUUGAUAAAGGUCCUGAAUGAACUCUACACGGUUAUGAAAACCUACCACAUGUACAACGCUGACAGCAUCAGCGCUCAGAGCAAACUGAAAGAGGCAGAGAAGCAGGAAGAAAAGCAGAUUGGGAAGUCAGUGAAACAAGAGGAAAAGCAGACGCCGCGCUCCCCCGACUCAACUUCCAAUGUCAAAUUUGAAGAAAAACACGUCCGACGGAGCUCUGUCAAGAAAAUAGAGAAAAUGAAGGAAAAGCGCCAAGCGAAGUACACAGAAAAUAGGCUGAAGGCUAUUAAGGCAAGAAAUGAAUAUCUGCUGGCCCUGGAAGCAACGAAUGCGUCUGUCUUCAAGUAUUACAUCCAUGACCUGUCUGAUCUCAUUGAUCAGUGUUGUGACCUGGGAUACCACGCUAGCCUCAACAGAGCUCUCAGGACAUUCUUGUCUGCUGAGCUAAACCUGGAGCAGUCAAAGCAUGAGGGCCUGGAUGCCAUUGAAAAUGCUGUUGAGAACCUGGAUGCCAACAGUGAUAAGCAGCGCCUGAUGGAGAUGUACAACAACGUCUUCUGUCCGCCCAUGAAGUUUGAGUUUCAGCCCCAUAUGGGUGACAUGGAGUCCCAGCUGUGUGCCCAGCAGCCAGUGCAGAGUGAAUUGGUGCAGAGGUGCCAGCAGCUGCAGUCCAGGUUAUCCACACUGAAGAUAGAAAACGAAGAGGUGAAGAAGACCAUGGAAGCUACGCUGCAGACAAUCCAGGACAUUGUCACGAUAGAGGACUUUGAUGUCUCUGACUGCUUUCAGUACAGCAACUCUAUGGAGUCUGUUAAAUCCACUGUAUCAGAAACCUUCAUGAGCAAACCAAGCAUUGCCAAGAGACGAGCCAACCAGCAGGAGACAGAGCAGUUCUAUUUCACAAAAAUGAAGGAGUAUCUGGAGGGCAGGAACCUGAUAACGAAGCUUCAGGCCAAGCACGACCUCCUUCAGAAGACCCUGGGAGAAAGUCAGAGGACCGACUGCUCUCUUGCCAGCGGCAGACGCAGCUCCACUGUAAGGAAGCAGGAUUCCUCUCAAGCCAUUCCUCUGGUUGUGGAGAGCUGCAUACGGUUCAUUAGCAGGCAUGGUUUGCAGCAUGAAGGAAUAUUCAGGGUGUCUGGAUCACAAGUGGAAGUGAACGACAUAAAAAAUGCAUUUGAGAGAGGUGAAGAUCCUUUGGCUGGGGACCAGAAUGACCACGACAUGGAUUCAAUAGCAGGAGUUCUGAAGCUCUAUUUCCGAGGGCUGGAGCACCCCCUCUUCCCCAAGGACAUCUUUCAUGAUCUGAUCGCCUGUGUCACAAUGGAUAAUUUGCAAGAGAGAGCUCUCCACAUCCGAAAGGUGCUUCUGAACCUCCCUAAGACCACUCUGAUCGUAAUGAGAUACCUCUUUGCAUUCCUCAAUCAUUUAUCUCAGUUCAGUGAAGAGAAUAUGAUGGAUCCCUACAAUUUAGCCAUCUGCUUUGGGCCGACGCUGAUGUCGGUGCCUGAAGGUCACGAUCAAGUCUCUUGCCAAGCCCAUGUCAAUGAACUGAUCAAAACCAUCAUCAUCCAACAUGAGAACAUCUUCCCAGGACCGAGGGAGCUGGAGGGUCCAAUGUAUAGCAGAGGUGGAAGCACUGAGGAUUACUGUGAAAGUCCUCACGGAGAAAGAGCCUCUGCAGAGGAUGCAGUGCAGGACGUGGCUGCGGAGCACCACACCAGCGAUGAUGAGUGUGAGCCCAUAGAAGCGAUAGCGAAGUUCGACUACAUUGGCAGGACUGCACGAGAGCUGUCCUUCAAAAAAGGAGCUUCUCUCCUACUGUACCAACGAGCCUCAGAUGACUGGUGGGAGGGACGCCACAAUGGGAUUGACGGCCUGAUCCCUCAUCAGUACAUCGUCGUUCAAGACACUGAGGACGGUGUCUCUGAAAGAUCCAGUCCGAAGUCAGAGAUAGAAAUAAAUUCUGAGCCACCGGAGGAAAAAGUGACGGCCAGAGCUGGUGCCAGCUGCCCGAGCGGGGGCCACGUGGCAGACAUUUACCUGGCAAACAUCAACAAGCAAAGAAAGAAACCAGAGUCAGGCAGCAUCAGAAGAGCCUUCCGUCAAAGUGACAGCCAUGGACUAGGUAGCUCAAUGGCAGAACCAGCCUCCCCAGGAGCCAUAGCCGGUUCCAGACCCUCAUCUCAGCCCAUAAUGAGCCAAAGUCUUCCCAAGGAGGUUCCAGACAAAUGCUCCAUCAGUGGCCACGGCAGCCUCAAUUCUAUCAGCCGACACUCAUCUCUGAAGAACAGGAUAGACAGCCCUCAGAUCCGGAAAACUGUGACAGCAGGGAGGUCCAAGAGCUUCAACAACCACCGGCCCAUGGACCCCGAGGUGAUUGCACAGGACAUUGAAGCUACGAUGAACUCUGCUCUGAACGAGCUGCGGGAGCUGGAAAGGCAGAGCAGCGUCAAGCACACGCCAGAUGUCGUCCUCGAUACUCUGGAGCCUUUGAAAACAUCCCCAGUGGUGGCUCCCACAUCCGAGCCUUCCAGCCCCCUGCACACCCAGAUCCUCAAGGACACUGAGCCAGCCUUCCAGCGCAGCGCCAGCACGGCCGGCGACAUCCCCUGCACCUUCAGGCCAGUGAAAUCAGUCAAAAUGGCCACGCAGGUCAAACCCCCCGCGACACGUCCAAAGCCUGCAGUUUUCCCCAAAACCAACACUGCAAGCCCCGGCGUUGCCUCCUCUGCAUCUCAGCAGCCUGCUGACAAGUCCUGUACUGUCUGAUAAACCCGAUGCUGCUCUGUGGGUACAGCCGUGUUGUUUCAGAUGAAGAGACUGCGUUAAAGACGUUAGAAUUCCUAUUUAAUUGAAUCCUGAACUUGUGCUGAAGGUUUGUGGUGAGCUGCUCCCUCCUGCUGGGGGCAGACUCAGUGCUAACAGCCUCAUCCUGGUGGUGUCUGUAAGGUGAAGCCCUUCGUGCCACGCAUGGGAAAUCCAAUUUCAGGUCACUGUGAAGCUGAGGAGGAGAACAAAACAGCACUGAGUUGGAUCUUGGUUUCUCACUGACGCCUCGCUCCAAGCUGCUGGAGGGAAUAUUUGGCAGCGUCAUGUUUUCGAGUACUGAUGUAGUGACUUUAUAUAUAUUCCGUGUUUCGUUUAUGGCAGGGGAACAAUAGGGUAGGUUUUAGUCUAUUGCAUGUUUUGGUGCCACUCGUUUUGUGGAGCUUGGACGUGCUCCUUCUUGUGCAUUGUUACGACGUCGCCCGCUGGUGCCGCUGUGGUUAAGGGUCUGUCUGGACUUCCAUGCCAUCCCUGGGUUUUGUUUGUUUGCUUGCUGCCCCGUCCCUCCCCGCAGGGCUUUUGGUCAUCCAGCCUCAUCCUUUCAGUGACACGUCAUGAAAAAUAGUUUCCUCUGGAACACUCGUAGGUUUUGUGGAAUGAUACGUGAUGUGUGUAUGUGCAGAUAUGAACAGAUAUGUUCCUGGGUUCUAGGAGCAUAACAAAGAGCCCAGUUGUUGCUUAUGGACAAUCUAGCUCUUUUUCUCCUUGGCUCUCCCAUAUUUAAAAACAGCUUCAUUUUUUUCCAGUGUACUUUUAGCCCAUGGGCUGCGAUGUGGUGUUUGGGCUGGGGAGACUGAAUGUAAAAGCAAGCAAACUUCAGAAAUCCAGCAUCCUCUCAAGGGGUCCCACUUCGUAACGCACACGUUCUUGUUUUGCUCAUGAAUCAGGAUGGAUCCUUACCAAAAUCCCAGUGACAAGCACUGUAAAACUUCGACCACAAGUUCUCAAGCUCUGUAUCUUCCCUCCUCCCCCCACCCCCCCAAUUCCUCACUUCAGGGUGAGCUGCCCUGGGGUCUGCUCUCAUAGAGCAGCACUGCGUGGGACGGUGCCAUGGCAGCAUGCAGAUUCUGGAGUGGCUUCACGGCGUGCUCUUGGUGGAUGGCAUGCCUCUGGAGGACUAUGGCCAUUGGAAUGAACUCUUAGUACAUGUAUUUAUAUGGCAGGCAGCAAAUGCUUCAGCCGUCGGCGGGCUGCAUGAGCUCUGUUUGUGCUCUGCUGAGAAUUGUCCAUGAUGCUAAUUAACACUUAUUUAAUUUUUACUAAGGAAGGCACGCUCACAGCAGUGAGGAGGAGCUCGUGGUCCUGCGAGAGAGGAGAUGGACUGACCCUCACUCUGCGUUGUUCCCAGGCUUUUCUGGGAUUUAAAAAGUAGCUGCGCAUCUGAUGUUUUCAUCAAGUAAAUGCAGGCAAAGGGCAGGAUAAGAGAAGUUAUUUUCCUCUUCCAUUUUAUCUUCUGGUUUUAAAUCUAUAGGUUUCUCACACUUAGCUUCCUUGUGACUGCGUUGUCCUGACGAUCGGCGCUUAGCAAUUAAAAAAAAAAAAAAGAAACAAGCAGAACUUAAUAAAGAAACGUUUCUUAGAUGUGCUUUUCUCUUGGAUUGAAGGAUGUUACUCGGAGAAGUGAAGGGGGUUUGACUGUGUCCAUCCCCACCUGUACAGAAGUCACACAGCUGUAUUUUGCCCUGCGGGAGGGAUCCCCCAGCGACCAGCCAACAUUGCUCUCAGGUUCUGAUGGACUUCUACCACCAAGGAAUCACUUGGUCUUUUGGGGAAUAAGAACUGAACUCGCAAUUUUUUUGCUCAGGCAGAACUUUCUGGCAUUUACUUUACGUAGGGAAUUUUUGCUUUUGUUUUGUUUGGUCGCAAACGACCGAUUACUCUGUGUCAAGAGCAGGAUCUCUGUGAAAUUUACUUUGACUCAUUUGUAAUGCCUUAUUUUCUUUAUAUUUUUAUGCCUAGCAUUCAUGUUUCUAAGAACAAGUGUCCAGCCACGCACAGCACAUCUGGAGGAGAUGCUCUUUUCUGUCUUUGAGGUCUGAACGAGUGGAAAUUGAGAGAUAAAGACUUCAGGUUACUCUGUCUGUAUGAAUUACUGUGCUUAUCUCUAGCAUCCACAGCUCUGGGACAAUCCUACUGCUGACAGGAAUACGCUUAACAGGAUGAACUGUAUACCGAGCAACUCAACUGGAAUUUUGGUGUGCACUGUGAUUGACACUUAAACCUACAGCAAGCAAUAUGGCAGACUGAAGAACUUCUCCUCUUCUGCAUGGCCUGGGGUUGCCCAGCCAGCAGGAAACGCACACAUAUAGGGGGAACUGGAGGAGGAAAUUUGUAGCUCAGCUGCUUCGCUCCGUGAGCAUCCCAGGCUGAGCAUCGUUGCCAUCGUGGUUUAACUGCCAUGGGGCACUGGGGAGGUGGGGAAGGAAAACUGGAAAUAUUGACACCACCCUGCAGAGCCAGCGGGCAUCUUGUGCAGGAGGUGGGGGUGUGGAUGAGGGAGGCACGGUGGUUUGCCUGGGGAGGUGUCACUCUUACUUCCUAUCUUCGUGUUCAGAAGAAAUCUUUGCUCUUCCAUGGAAAUUCUUUCAUGACUUUUUAUGUAAUGUGUGUGUCGGAUAUAAAGACAAGCAGUGUUUGAUAACUGGAAUAACGUAUGUCUGUUUGAUAGUGCUUUGUAUGAACAGAGGCUUCUUGUUCAUCAGAUGUUGGAUUCAAGUAAUCCAAAGCAAAACUUUUCAAACAAAACACGGUUUUAGGUGAGCAGUCUUAAUAGUUUGGGAAGCUGUAACCUCUCAUGUUUUAUUUCCCUUGUUGGGAACUGAGCAGUGUGCUUUCAUGGUUGCUAAAUUUCUGCCUCUCUGAGGCAAUCCAAAGGCUCUCAGUUAUCUCUUGUACGUGUUCUUCAUGUCAGAGAAGAACGUGUCCCAUGUUUCUUCAAUGGGACGUGAACCAGCUCUCUCACUUGAUCUGUACUGGCUAUUUUCUUGCAAUGAAAAUGAUUAAAUAAUUAGAGUGCACUGUGACAGCAGAAAAAAACCAUGUUGUAUAUGUAUGUAUUUUGAUACCUGUUGAAAAGGAGUCUUUGGGUUUCCUGUGAUGAAUACCUCAUAUGUUGAAUUUCUUUGGGUUUUUGUUGAAUUGUUAUUAUUAUUAUUAUUAUUAUUUUUUUUUAAAGGCAAGAUUGUUCUUGCUCAAAAGUAGGUUAAGGUAACCAAGUUCUCAUAAAUUUAUUUACAGAAUCCAAACCCUUCAGAGUUCGGCAAGAAAUUCCAUCUGUUCCAGUUCCUCUCUGGAGUAAUACUGAGACUACAGAGGUCUGUGCAGAUGGAGUUUGCUGCCUCAUUUCUUUCCUCCUGUGUGUCAGAACCUCACAGGUUCAGUUGAACGUUGUGUGUGCUUUGGGUUUUGCUGAGCUUUUGAGGGAUUUUCUUCCAGAUGUCUCUAGGUAGCACUUCAGACCCUUUGCAUCCAUUUACCUGAUAGACUGGGAUGCUCUGCGUGCAGAGGGAAGACUCGAGGCAGGUGGUGGUUCUCACAGCGCAUGGUUUGCUCAUCAGGCAGCUGUGGUGAUGGAGAAAGGCCCAUAGGGAACAGCUGGAGGGGCUCCUUGACUUGGUGGGCAGCUUGUGGUCCCUGUGCCUGGCAGGAUCCGGCCCUGACCUCAUGGAGAUGCUCUGCAACAAGCAGAUGCCUUUCCUCACUGCUCUAUGAACCACCAGCAAGGGGGAAAAA